UUCAGUCUACCGCAGCUCUCCGAACGACAAUCAGCAACAAUGACCGGACGCGGCAAAGGAGGAAAAGGUUUGGGAAAAGGAGGCGCCAAACGUCAUCGUAAAGUGCUCCGGGACAACAUCCAAGGAAUCACCAAGCCGGCCAUUCGUCGGUUAGCCCGCCGCGGUGGUGUCAAACGUAUCUCCGGCCUGAUCUACGAAGAGACCCGCGGAGUGUUGAAGGUGUUCCUGGAAAACGUAAUCCGCGACGCCGUCACUUACACCGAGCACGCCAAGAGGAAGACCGUCACCGCCAUGGACGUGGUCUACGCUCUGAAACGCCAAGGCCGCACUCUGUACGGAUUCGGAGGUUACUACCGGCCAACUAUUUCGACGACCCGCAAACCGUGUACAACCGCAGUCACUAUGGCACCAGGAGGUAAAUCCGCAGGCAAGGCCAUGAAGAAGUCCGGCAAGGCGCAGAAAAACAUCACCAAGUCCGACAAGAAGCGCAAGCCGAAGAGGAAAGAAUCGUACGGUAUUUACAUCUACAAGGUGUUGAAACAAGUGCACCCCGACACCGGCGUUUCCUCCAAGGCUAUGAGCAUCAUGAACAGCUUCGUCAACGACAUUUUCGAACGCAUCGCCGCCGAAUCCAGCCGUCUGGCCCACUACAACAAGCGUUCGACCAUCACCAGCCGGGAGAUCCAGACCGCCGUCCGUCUCCUGUUGCCCGGUGAAUUGGCCAAGCACGCCGUCAGUGAAGGCACCAAGGCCGUGACCAACUUCAGUCUACCGCAGCUCUCCGAACGACAAUCAGCAACAAUGACCGGACGCGGCAAAGGAGGAAAAGGUUUGGGAAAAGGAGGCGCCAAACGUCAUCGUAAAGUGCUCCGGGACAACAUCCAAGGAAUCACCAAGCCGGCCAUUCGUCGGUUAGCCCGCCGCGGUGGUGUCAAACGUAUCUCCGGCCUGAUCUACGAAGAGACCCGCGGAGUGUUGAAGGUGUUCCUGGAAAACGUAAUCCGCGACGCCGUCACCUACACCGAGCACGCCAAGAGGAAGACCGUCACCGCCAUGGACGUGGUCUACGCUCUGAAACGCCAAGGCCGCACUCUGUACGGAUUCGGAGGUUAAUUCCCGACGACCGUUCGCUUUGCACCCUACCUACUGUUCUUUAAAACGGCCCUUUUCAGGGCCACCAUUUUAUAUUAUUUAAAAUUGUCGGUUAACGUUUAUUAUGUCAUUUAAUGCAGCGAGUAUAUUUAAUGAGUAUUCUAAGUUAUGAGACUGGAGGUGCAUAAUAAUAGUUAAUUUUAUCAAGUAUUUAUACCGUAAAAACUGACAAAACGUUGUAGCGUAUUGCCAUUAUAAUAAUAUAAAUAACUACACG